GUCCACACAAAAGGAGAAGCAGUCAUGUGUCUCUCAGGACCACAAUAUUAAGGGCUGUUCUAAGUCUACUGCAAAUGCAAAUAAAGUAGGAUUAAGAGGGGAAUUAACAGACGUGGUCCUAACAUCCAGCUUCUCGCAUUACUACGUAAUAAGCUGAAGACUGGAAUUGACUCCAUUAUCGACUACCCCAAUCUGGAGUUCACUUCUCAGAGGAUGAGUGGAGCAAGGAAAGUUGCUGUGUGUGUAACUGGAGCGUCUGGCUACAUUGCAUCAUGGCUGGUCAAGCUUUUGUUAGGACGAGGUUAUAUUGUCAAAGCCACUGUUCGGGACCCAAACGAUCCGAAGAAAACAGAACACUUGCUUUCACUCGAUGGAGCAAAAGAAAGGCUUCAUUUGUUCAAAGCAGAUUUGCUAGAUGAAGGAUCUUUUGACUCUGUGGUUGAUGGAUGUGACUGUGUUUUCCAUACAGCAUCUCCAGUACUAUUUUCAUCGACCAGCGACCCACAGUGAGCAUUUGUCUCCAUAUCUUCAGGCAGAACUAAUUGACCCUGCUGUGAAGGGAACACUAAAUGUUCUGAAAUCAUGCAAAAAAUUUCCAACUGUCAAGCGAGUGGUUUUGACAUCUUCUAUGGCUUCAGUAAUGAUGAAUGGAAAACCUCUGACCCCUGAUGUUGUGGUGGAUGAAACAUGGUAUUCAGAUCCACUUAUUGCUGAGAAGCACAAGCUAUGGUAUCUUCUUUCAAAGACUUUAGCUGAGGAGGCUGCUUGGAAAUUUGCUGAAGGAAAUGGGAUUGACUUGGUUUCAAUAAAUCCGGGGUUUGUGAUAGGACCACUCUUACAGCCGACAAUUAAUUUGACCGUGGAGAUGAUUCAGAAUCUCAUAACUGGCAAGGCAGUGCCCGCUUCAAAUUACAGAUUGAUUGAUGUUAGAGAUGUUGCCUUGGCUCAUAUUCAAGCAUUUGAAGUUCCUUCAGCUACAGGAAGGUAUUGUUUGGUCAGCCAUGCUGCGCACAUUUCUGAGGUUCUAGAGAUUAUACAACAACUUUAUCCCACUCUGCACAUUCCUGAAAGAUGUGAGGAUGACAAUCCUCUUUUGCUUCCUUCUGACCCACAGUUUCAAGUAUCCAAGGAGAAGGCAAAAGCUCUGGGAAUUGGUUUUUAUCCAUUUGAAGUAACUCUGAAGGACACUAUUGAAAGCCUGAAGGAGAAGGGCUUUCUCAACAUUUGAUUCAUCCAAUUUACGGCAUCCUGUUAGUUUAUCACGUAUCGGCAGUUGAAAUGCGGUUUAUGCUGAACUCCAGAGAUAUAAUGAUGGAUGAUAUAUUGUUCAGUGCCAAGGCUUCCUUUAAUUCAUCUAUAGAUAGAUGUAGAGUUAACUAGGAAAAUGCUUCAGCUUGUUAUAUAUGGCUUCAUUGACAAUAAAUGCUCAUGAGAAGCAUAAUGUAAACUUUGAAUAAACACAGAAACCAUAUUGUAAAAUAUUCCCAUCAUGGGACUGGUUUUCAGUUCUGUGACUUCAGUAAUGAUGAA